AUGCCACAUAACGACGCCCUUGUCAUCAGCAUUCAGAUCGCUCAGGCCAUGGUCGACCGAAUCCACGCAGACGAGGGUAGCGCAGCCAAUAUCCUACAACUGGCGGUCAUCCAACAGAUGGGCUUGGAGACAAAGAUCAACAACUUAGCUAGAUCGUUGACUGGCUUUAAUGGUGCAACAACGGUUAAUGUGGGCACGAUAGACCUCGACGUCUACUCCCCGCCUGUAAUUAGCUCACAAACAUUCAUGGUCAUUAAUGAGGUCUCACCCUACAACGGCAUCCUGGGCAAACCAUGGAUUGGCAAGAUCAAUGCCAUCACCUCCGCCACACAUCAAAAAAUUCGAUACCCAAUUCCUGGGGGCGGUGUCGGCCAAAUCAACAGCGAUCAAGCAAUGGCGAGGAAAUGCUCUGCCCAAGGGUUGAAAAAAGGCAAACAAGUGCAGUUCCUCCCUGUGAGCCAGGCAGAUCUGGAGGAGGUUGAGCAACCGAAUCUUGCUAUCUUAUAG